AUGAAUACUUUUUAUUUACAGAUCGAUGAAAAUUCGGAAAUAGCUACUGAUACUGUUGACUUCGAAAAUAGUAAUACGGCAUUAGAAGAGAAUGAUGGAGAAGAAAACUCAAAUGCUGCGGAUGAAAAUCGAGUUCAAGAAGUAACCGAAACAUCUUCUACAUCAUCAUCUACAUUCACUGUGUCAUCCAAACUGGCAACGAAGAAAAGGGGCAAAUCUAAUAAAAGACAGGACGAGGUAUAUGAAGCCAUUGAAAAAAUAAAUAAAAUUGCCGAGAAUGUAACGAAAAAUGCAACAUCGUUACUAGAAAAUAAAGAAGAUGAAUUCGACAUUUUUGGGAGAUAUAUAGGCGUUACGAACAUUGCCAGGCGAGUUUUCAAUUGUUGCAAAAACAAAUAUUCAAAAGGCUUUAUCGGAAAUUCAAUUAAAAGCAUUGAGACAGCAAACCCAAUCUUCGUUGUCCUCGACGUCCAAUAUCUACGAUCCAGAUAA